GCAUGUCUCUUAGAAUAAAUCAAAGUUGCUAAAAUGUUCAAGAAAUUCCUAUUCGUCGCUUUGGCAAUCCUUGCCUUGCAAGGAACCGUGCAAUCCGAGGAACGCGAUACCAGCCGUGGACUCGUCGAACAAAUCGAAAAGGCUUUGGAAAACUUAAAGAAAAUCAUUGAGAAUGCCGUCAACAGUGCUUUGGAACAAUUCGAAAACGUCUUCAACAAACUUCUCGACACCGCUAAGGGAAUCAUUCUGGAAGCGACCGGUGUUCUGAACAAGAUGGCAGAAGACGCUUUGGAAUUGAUCCGCAGUAUUGUUGGAGACGCUUCAAACAAUGGAAUCGAUGCCACCAAAUGUCUGUUGGGAAAUGAGGAGAAAAUCAUCAGCAUCCCCGAUGAAUUCCUUAGACAAAUCACCGAAUGCGUUGAUGAAAAUAUCAAGACCGCAAGGACUAUCAUCGAUGAGGCUAUUGAUAUUGUUAAAGCUAAACUGAACAUCUUAUCUCAAUUGGAGAAGAAGGCGAAAGAGUGCGGUAUUGGAAUUGGUGCUUUGCCUUGUCUCGGCAAAGUCCUUGCUGAAAUUGGCAUUCAAAUCCUGCAGCUGCCAGUCCAGAUCGCUGAACACGUUGCCAACAUUCUGAACAUCGUUGGAAAUAUUGCAAAGAGCGUCACCGAAUGCUCUGUGAAUUCGAUCGCCGGUGCAGGAGUUCAAAUCGCUUCCAUUAUUUCCGAAGUCAAGGAAUGCGUGGAGAAGGCGGUUGAAGAGAACAAACCCGCCGAACCCAAAUACAUGAUGCAUUGAAACUCACUGCCUAUCGACAUUUGAGAAUAUUAUUUCUGGAAGAAAAAGAAAAUAACGAUAUGAAUAUACAAUAAAAUUAAUUCGAAA